CCCCUAUCCGGUCUGACUUUGCUGGUCUGCCAUUAGGCGACCGUCAUGGCACACCAUGUCCGGCUCCGUGACAUUUCCUCUACGCCGCAUCCAAAAUCGCCCCCUCGAAAGUCUCGGCACGUCAACGCAAAAGCUAUAGCAGCACCGCCACUUUCGAUUUCUUUUCUGCCAUCGUCAUAGAGCGUGCCACGGCUACCCUCAUUCCGUCGCAGCCCAGCCCCGAUGAACAAACAAGAUACUACUAUGGCUUGCCCGGUCAACCUUGAGUCAACCAAGGUUGGUAGUCCGAUCAAGCUCGGAUCCAUGGGAAUUCAAGAAGGACUUUUGGCCUAUUCCCAAAGCACUUGACCCCAGCGGAAGACAUGACAUUAUCGAUGUAUGGAAUAACCCCGCAGGCUCUCUUCACCGGGGCAUACUCCAGGCACUUGAGAAUGUGGCUUAGACCGCCAUCGACAUUUGGCGCAUUGGCUACGUACGGGUCCCUUUCUGAUGAAGUUCCUAGGGAGACACCUGAACAGCCAGUCACGCUGUUUGUCUCAGUGGAACCAGACUUAACACCAUGGGACCGUGGCCAAGCCAUUGUCAUGAAGUGUCAUGAGGUCCUGCAAGUUGGAAGUUGAACAGCUUCAGCUGAGUGGGCUAUGUUCAUCUUUGAACUUGAGCUAAUGCUCGAACUCGGGCACGCCUUUUAGAGGAAGAUCCCAGAUAUUUCCUACAAUAGGAAGAGGCUUUAGUUUAGAAAGAGCAGGUUAUAGGGACAUUUUAAGUAAUAGUAAAGUUAAUAGAUAGUAAAAAAGGUAAAUUACUCUAUAAGAAGUUAAUAAAAUAC